AUGGAUCGAAAAUCUUUGUCUAGUGUUCCUUUGCCGAGCAACAUAGCCAUACUUUCGGGCAGCACUGUGCCUGGCCAUUUUUCUUCUACUUCUAGUUCUACUGCUACUACUACUACUCUUCCUUCGAAUCGAAACAUUGUGGUAAUUUUUGAUGCGUCGAGGGAGAUGUCAAGCAUCGCUGUGGAGUGGACGUUGGAGAGAAUUCUUCAGCAUGGGGAUGUCUUGACACAUCUUGGGAUUUUACCGCAAACAGUCACAGGAAUUGCAAAACUCAGUCCUCAUACUAUGAAUCUGGAUAGAAAUAUGAAGAGACAUCGCAAGCAUAUAAACGACCAGCUCUCCUGCAACAUGAUUCUCAUGGAUCGGAACAACGAAGGCAAAAUUCUCAAGCUUUGUGCCCCGGUGGUGUUGGGACCAUCUCUCCAGUUCCAAGACAUCUCCUCCGACUCCCAAAUCCUCGACACAGUUGGAAAGUAUCGUCACUUUUCAUCCUCCGGAGGGGAUUCGGACAGCGAUACGAUCCUCACACACAGUAAACACGUGGAGUUGGACGCUGUACUGCCGAGAGAAUUGGAUGAAACCAACACUGCAAUCAAGCUGGAUAAAGAGAAACUUACGACUGAUGAAGCGAUCACCGAGGACACCAUCCUCUUCCCAAAACCCGGGAGCUCGGCACUGCCACUUUGCUCGAUUUGCAAGCACAAGCCCCGCGAUUUCAAGAGACAGACGAGAGAGUUUACGUAUUCUGAGCUGGAGGAGGCGACAGACAAUUUCUCGCAUGCCAACUUUCUGGCCGAGGGAGGAUUUGGGUUUGUGUACAAGGGCGUUCUCAAAGGUGGCCAACACAUUGCCGUGAAGCAACACAAGCUCGCCAGCACGCAAGGAGGGAGGGAGUUUUGUGCAGAGGUCAAGGUUCUGAGUGGAGCACAGCACCGAAACCUGGUAACUUUGCUAGGAUUUUGCGUUGAGGGUGGCAAGAGAAUGCUCGUUUACGAGUUUGUGUGCAACAAGUCACUGGACUAUCACUUAUUUGACAAAAACACGGUGCUACCAUGGUGUGCAAGACAGGGAGUCGCUUUGGGGGCUGCCAGAGCGAUGCGAUAUCUUCACGAGGAAUGCCGGGUUGGAACUAUAAUUCAUAGAGAUCUCAGGCCACACAACAUUCUUCUCACACAUGACUAUGCUCCAAUGGUUGGAGAUUUUGGAUUGGCUAGAUGGCAUACAAGCAGCCAGCCCGCAGUUGAGACGAAGGUAAUUGGCACACUCGGGUAUUUGGCUCCGGAGUAUGCUUCAAGUGGACAAGUUACAGAGAAAGCCGACGUGUAUUCGUUUGGUGUGAUUUUACUCGAAAUGGUCACAGGCCGGAGAUCACUAGAUAUAUCCCUGCCUCAUGCAGAACAAUGUCUCACAGAAUGGGCUCGUCCAAAACUCGAUGUAAGAGAUGCCGAUUCUUUACUGGAUCCACGACUGGUUAAAGAUUUACUCCAGGAGUCACAGCUUUACGAGAUCCAAGCAAUGGUCCACGCAGCGGCAUUUUGCCUAAGAAGAGAACCCUCGCAAAGGCCAAGAAUGAGUCAGGUGUUGCGAAUUUUGGAAGGCGAGAGAGGUGAAGCACCCACCAUAGCUCUAACAAUGUCUACCACCUGGGAUCCCACAACCAAGAGCCGGAUCCCACGAGUUCCAAGCAAUACCACGCCCAAAAGUCCGAGCAAGCAAAGCUUUCUCUCAUAUAAUGAGAUGAUCACCAGCUAG